CCCCCCCCGGCCCGCCGGCUCUACCUGUUAUUGGGAACCUGAACAUUUUGGACCUGCACCAGCCACACAAAACGCUGAGUAAGCUCUCGGAGACGUACGGCAAUGUGUUCACCUUCCACAUGGGUCCCAAAAAGUAUGUGGUUUUGACAGGCUAUGAGGCGGUCAAGGAGGCUCUAGUAACCCAAGCAGACGACUUCUCAGAGAGAGGCCAGACACACAUUACAGAUAAUCUCUCUAGAGGCGGAAAAGGUGUUGGCUUCGGUAAGGGGGAAUCCUGGAAGGUGAUGUGUCGAUUCACCCUCUCCACUCUGCGAGCCUUAGGGAUGGGUAAGAAGACCAUUGAGGACCGGAUCAUCGAGGAGUCCCAGAGACUGGUGGAGGUCUUCCAGUCCCACAAAGGAAAACCCUUUGACCCGCAAAUCAUCAUCAACUCUGCUGUCUCCAACAUCAUCUGCUCCAUCGUGUUCGGAGACCGCUUCGACUACAGCGACGCACAGUUCCUGAAUCUGCAAAGAAUGUUGAAUGGGAACAUGAAGCUGAUUGUGAGCCCCAAGACACAGCUGUACAAUGUGUUUCCUUUCCUGGGCUUCUUCCUGUCUGAUCACAAGAAGAUUGAUACAAAUCAAACAAUACUGCAGGAGUACUUUAGAAACACAUAUAAGGAUCGUAAAGACGGUGUGGACAGCAAUGACCUGAGGAGCUUCAUCGACACGUUCAUCUCCAGGCAGAGAGAAGAGGAGGCCAGAAACCCCAUCACGUAUUUCCACGAGGAUAACAUGGCCGUCACAGCGGUGGACCUGUUUGCUGCAGGGACUGAGACCAGCUCUACCACCCUGCGCUGGGGGUUGCUGCUCAUGAUGAAGUACCCCCACAUUCAGGACAAAGUCCAGGAGGAGAUUGAGAGUGUGAUUGGGAGGGAGCGCCCCCCGCAGGCCGAGGACAGGAAGAGCAUGCCCUACAUGGACGCCGUGCUGCACGAGAUCCAGAGAGUGGGCAACGUGUUGCCCAUGAACUUGCUGCACGAGGCCACAGGGGACACCACCUUCCGGGGGUACAGGAUACCCAAGGGUACCCCAGUGAUCCCGCUGCUCUCCUCCGUGCUCUCUGAUAAGACACAGUGGGAGACCCCUCACCAGUUCAACCCCAACCACUUCCUGGACGCGCAGGGCAAGUUUGUCAAGAGAGACGCCUUCAUGCCCUUCUCAGCAAGUCGGAGGGUGUGUAUUGGAGAGACCCUUGCCAAGAUGGAGCUCUUCCUCUUCUUCACCAUGCUCCUGCAGAAGUUUCACUUCCGCCCGCCCCAGGAGGUCACCCCUGAGCUACUGGACCUCACCCCCACCCCUGGCCUCACCUCCGGCCCCCAGCCCUUCCAACUGUGCGCCCUGAGCCACUGAGAGACCCUGUGAUACUGCGACCCUGCCUUACUGCAUCUGCUAGACCUUACUACAGCCACUGACCCCUCACACUGGACCCUUCAGACACUGAACUGCCAGGAUUCUGUCACCACUGAGACCCUGUGAUACUGCAACUCUGCCUUACUGCAUCUGCUAAAGGACUUAAAUGAACUCCAUUAACUGGGAUCGCCAUUGAAGAAAAGGAAAAUGAGUAAUUAAAGAAUGAAUUAAUGGGCUGAAUUGGCCUGCUUGGAAUCAGCCAUUUUACUGGGAGAAUAUCUGCUCUUAUUAAAACAAAAUCUUGAAAAGGACACGCCCAGCCGAAAAUGACACACUGUAUCAACACUGCAACCUGAAUUAGGGAUUUUCUCCAGUUGAAUUACAGAAACUAUACUUGGGGGAAUGUAAUGCAUGUAUAUUUGUAAAAGGGGUGUGUUACGCAUUUCUUUACAGCAAAAGUUGUCAUCUUUCAUGAAAUUAGUUAGCCGCUAAACAGCUAGAAAAAUGACAGUGAUCUAUGAAAUUGAAUGACAGGUGCUUAAGAAUAAAUGUAUGGGUAUUGUAGAAUUCU